AUGCUCAUCAUCGACCUCGUUGCUCGACUCUUCUGGUUUCCCUUCAAGCCAUUCAGAAGAUAUCUGCCUCCUUCUCCUCCGUCUUCUGCACCUACCUGCAAACCCGUCACUCCUCACCACAAGCCCAAUUCCCCUUCCAUCAAUAAACCUGACUCCUCUACGGUGACUAUCAAACCUUCCAAGAUGUAUAUCUACACCGGCAAGUUCACCGGGGACUAUGGAUCUGCCCAGGCUAAGGACGAAACCUUCAUCAUCAUUUUGCCCAACGGUCACGUCAGCAAGGACGAUGUUGCCUACGUCUUCUUCCAGUGGACCAAGAACGGGUACGGCCAGGAGAACGUCAACUGGUUCCAGACCUUUCCCAUCGAAGACUUGAAAAAGAUUGGAAGCAACGAUGAGUUCAAGCUCAACCACCACAAGUUCAAUUGGGAGAUCAUCGCCCUGGAUGGAUACCAGACACUCAAGGUCUACAUGAGAGGGCCAGGAGGCGUUAAGAAGCCUGUCGAAAUAAUCCUCGAGCGCGUCUGGGAUUCCGAGUCCCACGGCGGAAAGGCUAACGAUAUCCCGCUGGUCUGGACCGGUAAGGUCAACUACCAGGACAGCGCCAAGGACGAGAUGGCCAUGUUUGUUGUCACCGAGGGAUUUGGAGCCGGACGACCCGUCGUUGCGCUUUGGCAAUGGUACAGAUACAACCUUCCCAAGAACGACCCGAGAAUUGUUUGCUACGAGCCGACCGACAAGCCCCCGCCAAGAGUCUCGUUCGUUCAGUACGGAACGCAGAACAUUGAGCACGAGAGUGAUGAAGGCGUCAAAUUCAGCUUCAAGCACGACUACGAAGUUUUCGCCUCCUGGACCCAGGGCAAUGGCAAGCUUGCCCUCCGCUUGAAGGAACCCGAUUCCAAGACCCCCCAGAAUCUUGGAGAACUUAGCCUUUCUGGUCGCUUUGACCGCAACUCCUUUGGCUUCCACCCCCCUGAGUCGAAGCCGGAGCACCUCAAGCUGGAUGUCAGACUCCCCCAGCCGCAACCCUCGCUGCCUCGGAUCACUGGCAAGAUGCCUUUCCCUGAGACCCUUACGGAGACUUUGGCGCACACAGCUGCGUUCGUCGAUCAAGCUGGCUACCUUGCCAAGUACGCUGAGGAGCAAUUCAACGCUCUCAACGCCAAAUAUGGCCUGCGCGGCCAGCAACUCGGUGCUCUCAAAAGCAAGAGCGAGGGUCUGGAGAAGAGUAUCAAGCAGAAGGAAGCCGAUCUCGCAGCUGAGAAGAAGAAGCUUGAGGAGCUUACCAACACUCUCAACGCCGCUCAAGCGGCCGCAACCAAGAGGGAGACAGAGCUCCAGAAGAAGAUCGACGAUGCCCUUGCGGCGCUUGCGAAAGCCAGCACUCACGACAAGGCGGAUCACGCUGCCAUCGAAGAGCUGAAGAAGAAGAUCGAGGCUGAGCGAAAGACUCUCAAUGCAAAGAUCUCCACCCUGCAACAACAACUUAACGAUGCCAAGACUGAACUGGCAUCAAAGGAAUCUUUGCUCGAGAGUGCGCGGAAGGAAGCCCGGACCCUGAACACCACAAUUAUCGUGUUGAAGGGCAAGUUGGAGGCUUCCAACAAAGAGAGAGAUGACCUGAAGAAGAAGGUCAGGGACCUCGAGGCGUACAAGAGGAACGCGGAGAACGCCCUGGACGAUGCUCAAAAGGCAUUCGAUGCUGCUCAAGCCGAACUGAAGACUGAGAAGAAGCGGUUUGACGCACUUGCGAAGAAGCUUACGGAUGAGAUUGCGCUCAAGGACAAGGCUAUUUCGGACCUCAAGGCGUCUGAGACUGCAGUCAAGAAGCUGGAAGAGAAGAUUGCCGAAGAUGAAGAAUACCACAAGAAGGAUAAGGAAUGGCAUGACAAGGACGACAAGUUCCAUGAGGAAGAAAGAAAGCGGGCGUCGGAAAUACAACCCUUUCACGCUCAUUAG